UACCAAAGCAGAGCACAAUAUUACCUGUGCAAUAUAGUUACAAUAUUUUAUACGUUUAAAUUUCAAUUUCAGUUUAUUAUUAUAAAUUGUAAAUUAUUGAAUAAGUUAAAACUUAACUUACGUUAAUAAUUAAGCGAUACGGUAAAUCAGUUCGAAUAUUUUUAUUUUUGGGGUUUAUUGUUUAGGAUAAGAUUAUAUUUGUUGUGGUCCAUCGUGUAUUUAUAUAAUUUGAUUUACAUUGUUAAACAAUUUUUUUUUUUUUUUUGACUUCGCUUAUAAAGGCGAAUAAAAAUUUGCUAAAUGGUAUUAUUUGCUCGCGUUUUUUUUAGAAACUUUUUACCCGUAAACCCAGUUUAUAGGAAAUCGUCGAUUCGUCCUUUAAUUAACGUACGUACAAUGGUGUCCGAUCCAAUACUCCCACAAAAACAUGCGUUGUCUGAAGAUGAUGAGUCGGUUUCCGCUAAGAAACAGUGUAUAGAACCUAGGAUCAAAAGGAAGAAAUGUGCUAUAUUGUUGGCAUAUUCUGGACUAGGAUAUUUAGGUUUACAAAGGAAUAAAGGAACAAAGACAGUAGAAGAAGAGUUGUUACUAGCGUUAAAAGUCAAUAACUUAAUAACUGAUGAGGGUUUUGAACAGAUUCAAACGAUGCAAUUUCAACGAGCAGCUAGAACCGAUAAAGGAGUUUCAGCCCUGCGUCAAGUAAUUUCACUUUUACUACCUGAAGAUGUACAAAAAGAAAUGAUAAAUGCAUCUUUACCCGACCAAAUUAGAGUACUAGAUAUAAGAAGAGUAACUAAAGGUUUCAACAGUAAGAAUUCAUGCGACGGACGAACAUAUUCAUACACAUGUCCAACAUUUGCAUUUGCGCCACCAGAAGCAUCGUUAGAUCUUAACUAUCGUAUUGAUUCGACUGUUAGUAAUAGAAUUAAUGAGAUUGUAAAGAAUUUUCUUGGAUGUCAUAACUAUCACAAUUAUACAUCUAAAAAAAAGCCAGGUGAUCCCAGUGCUCAAAGAUAUAUGGUUAGUUUUUACUGCGAUAAGCCUUUUGAAAAAGAUGGUGUUGAAUUAAUAUCUUUAUAUGUCAGAGGUCAGAGUUUUAUGCUUCAUCAAAUACGCAAAAUGGUUGGAGUUAUUAUUGCAAUUUGUCGAGGCGUGGCCAAGCUUGAUGUAAUAGAGCGUUCGUGGAAUCACGAUCGUUUAGAUUUACCCAUCGCGCCUGGUUUAGGUUUAGUUUUAGAAGAAGUUCACUAUGACAAAUACAAUGAACGAUUUGGCAGUGACGGUAUACACGACCGGCUAGAUUUUGUUGAGCUCAACGAACAAGUUCAACAAUUUAGAGAGAAACACAUUUUACCUACUAUAACAAAAGUAGAAAAAGAAGAAAGCUCAAUGCUGUUAUGGUUGGAGCAGCUGCCACUACAUACAUUUGAUUUACGAAAUGAACAUCGUCACAUGAAGUCUGAUACUAACAAUGACACUAACAGUCCAGGAUUGGCGACUUUACAAGCAGCCGCAGAAUUAAUAGAAAAAGAAGAAUUAGACUCGUUAGACACAAGCGGAGACAUACCCCCUGACAACCUUUCGACCCUCGCUGAUGCCGCACAAGCUCUAAGCUCUGAAAAUAAAGUAUAAAGUAAAUUGGACAAUUAAAUAAUACAUUAAUAUAUAUCUUUUAUAACAUGUA